AUGGACCGAGAAGUGGCAGAGCUCUAUCGUCAGAUCGCGAAGGAUGAGCUGCGUGAAGACGAUGCGAUUCGUGAGCGAUCUCUGACUGAGAUGCGCCAAUGGAUCGCGAACAAUCGGCAUAUCCGCAAGUGUCGUACGGAUGCCAAGUUUCUACUGCGUUUCCUACGCCUUCGUCAGUUCUCGGUGCCAAUGGCGUGCGAAGCGCUGGAGCGUUAUCUCGCUCUGAGGGAACUGUAUCCGGGUUGGUACAAGAACCUAGACUGCAAGGAGGCUUCCAUGAAGGAAAUCUUCAAGAACGGACCGUUCUCGUACCUCGGACAGGACGGUUUGGGACGAGCGGUGGUGUUGGUACGCUUUGGUCGCUUCGAUGAUCAAAAAUUCCGGCCCGUACAAGACGGUCGCUUUAUGGCGCUGUUCAUGGAGACGUUGUUAGAGAUUGAAGAAGUUCAAAUCGGUGGAUGCCAAGUGUUCGUCGAUUACGCUGGGUGUACCGUUGAGCUCUAUCGUCAGAUCGCGAAGGAUGAGCUGCGUGAAGACGAUGCGGUUCGUGAGCGAUCUCUGACUGAGAUGCGCCAAUGGAUCGCGAACAAUCCGCAUAUCCGCAAGUGUCGUACGGAUGCCAAGUUUCUGCUGCGUUUCCUACGUCUUCGACAGUUCUCGGUGCCAAUGGCGUGCGAAGCGCUGGAACGUUAUCUCGCCAUGAGAGAACUGUAUCCGGGUUGGUACAAAAACCUGGACUGCAACGACGCUGCCAUGAAAGAAAUCUUCAACAACGGUCCAAUGGUGUACCUCGGGCAGGACGGUAUGGGGCGCUCAGUAAUACUCAUUCAAUUCAAAUGUUUCGAUGGACACAAGUUCCAACCAGUACAGGACGGUCGCUGUGCAGCGCUGGUCAUGGAGACGAUGCUGGAAUAUGAAGAAGUCCAGAUCGGAGGAUAUCAAGUGCUGAUCGAUUACGGUAGUUCAACGAAGGCCAAUUAUGAUAAGUGGGGCGCUACCGAUCUGAAGAUCAUAAUGGAUGCCUUCAGUCGUUCGUACCCUAACCGUUACGGAGAGAUUCAUGCUGCAAUGCUGCCCAAGUUUGGUGUGCCCAUGGUCAACACGUUCCUGUCGUUUGCGAACCCGAAAAUGCGUGAGAAAAUUAAUUGUCACUCAACAAUCGGAGAACUGGAAAAGCUAUUCGAAACGACACAGAAACCGAUCUCGUACGGUGGAAGCGUAGAUUUGGACGAGAUGAAUCGUGCCCUUUGGAAGCGCGUCGAGGAUCAGAGGGACGUUAUUCUGGGUCUGGAUGAAAUGGAAAUCGAUGUCGAUUACUAUGCGUCGCUGUGGGACCAGGAAGAACCAUCCUCCGAGUUUGCUGGAAUAGUGCUCAAGCAACUAGAAUAA